AAUAUACAAAAUAUUUGUGCAAAAGUUUAGUGUGCUAAUAAAAUGAAAUUGUUUGUUCUAUUCUUGUGCAUAAUAUUUGGCGAAACAACAAAAGCGCGUUAUGCGCGUUGUGUGAAUCCAAAUCAGCGUGCGGGACUUUGUGUGCAGAUUAAUGAGUGCCAGACGCUCUACUCGGUGCUGCAGCAGUCCAGCUUAUCGCCCAGCGAGCGUCAGUUCAUUCGCGCCUCUGGCUGUGGUCGUGGCCCAGAUCAGCGUCCAUUUGUUUGCUGCACGCAGGACACGGGCUAUACGCGUAGUCGUCGCUUGACUUCAAACUUUGCCGACUAUUACGACAAUUUGGGCACAACGCCUGCUCAGCGUGCAUUUGUCUUUCCCAGCGAAAAUUUGGGCGACGGCUUUGGCUUUGGCGGCAAUGGUGGACGUGUGGACAAUAGUCUAAGUCAGCCAGUGGCAGCGCCUGGCGAUGGCUCCAGCUUGUUGCCACAGCCGCCCACAUGCGGCGGUGUCACCAUUGAGAACAAAAUCUAUGGCGGCGAUGAUGCGAAUCUUUAUGAAUUUCCCUGGACUGUGCUGCUCGAGUAUAGAAGACUGGCGGGCAGUGGACUCUCCACCAGCUGCGCUGGCACGCUUAUCAAUCAGCGCUAUGUGCUGACCGCUGCGCAUUGCCUGGUGGGUCGCAUUUUACGCGAGAUUGGACCACUCUCCUCGGUGCGUUUGGGCGAGCACGACACGCGCAGCUCCGUGGAUUGCCCCAGUGGUGGUGGCUCCUGUGCGCCGGCAGCUCAGCGCCUGGGCAUAGCCGAAGCGCGUGCCCAUGAGCUGUAUAAGGAGUCUUCACCCAAUCAGCAGCAUGACAUUGGACUGAUUCGUCUGCUGAGCAACAUACGCUACUCCAAUAGCAUACAACCCAUUUGCCUGCCCUCGGUGGUGGCACCAGAGUCCAGGCAGGUGGGUCAGCAGUUCAUGGUCGUCGGCUGGGGACGCACGCUGCAGACCGCGCGCAGUCCCAUCAAACAGAAGCUGGCCGUAAGCUUUGUAGCUCCAGAGCAGUGUCGACGCAAAUUCGCCGAGCGCAAGAUUAGCAUUGUGCCCACCCAGCUCUGUGCUGGCGGCAAAUAUGCGCAGGACAGUUGUGAUGGCGACUCGGGUGGUCCGCUCAUGCGCUUUCGCGACAACGCUUGGGUGCUCGAGGGCGUUGUCUCCUUUGGCUACAAGUGCGGCUUGAAGGACUGGCCUGGUGUCUACACCAGCGUCGCCGCCUAUGAUAUUUGGAUCAGGCAACAAAUACGCCCCUAAGCGCUUUAAAAGCAGCGCCCUAAUUCCAUGUACCAAGUCUGAAGCUCCAAAUGUGAUCUUGCCAACACACAAAUUUAAUUUUAUCCAUAACUUAUUAAUUUAAUUCUUACAUUAAGUGUUAAUUUAGUCCAAUA